AUGCCCCCCAGGAACCUCAGCCCCCUGUGCCCACCAACCCUGGGAACCUCAGCCCCCUACGCCCAGCCCCCAACAACCUACAGCCCCCUGCACCCAACUGCCACCCCCAGGAACCUCGGGCCCUUGCACCCACCCCCAACAACCUACAGCCCCCUGUGCCCACCUCCCACCCCCCAGGAAUCUCAGUUCCCUGCACCCACCACCUCCAGUGAGCCCCACUGGUGCCACGUUGCACAGCCACUGACACCCACCUCCACAGCCCUGGCCCAAGCUCCCAGCUUCUCGCACCUGGACAGGCGCAACGGCCCCUCCCGCCUGCACGUCGUCCAAGGGCCCCUCCCUGCCAGCUCCUCCCACUCCUGUAUCCUGCUUCCUGGCAACGCCAGACGAUGGACGACUGGCCCCUUGAGAGGACGCGCAGGCCCGCACCCGGCGCAGAAGGCGCUCGGGUACCGCGUGCCCCUGGCCCAGGUGCAGACACCCCAGUUCUCUAGGGUGGGCGGAGGCUGCCUCUGGCGUCAGACCUGUCCCGGGAGCUCCAGUUAUGUGUGUCCAGCUCCUCCCAUCCUCGGGGCACUUGCCGCACCUUGCCGGCCCCGGGGUACGAGGACCCUGCUGUCCCAGGGCCCACGGCACAGCCUCUCCAUGGCAACCCCCAGGCCAGGCGGGGAGGCCCUAAAAGGCGGCCUCACCUCGCGCCAAAAGGUGUCCGGCUGGGACCCGAAGGGGCAGGGCAGGGCCCCUCCAGCACGGGGUCUAGACCCUGCGGUGGGCUGGCCCAGGACGCCGGGUAUCUCCACCCGCUGGCUCCCCCUUCUCCCCACGUCCCCCCAGCCUUGGCCCAAGGAAUCCGGACCUGAGACUCGAGGACCAGACUCCAGACCUCAGCCCCCUCACCUGCGCCGGCCCCGCAGGCCCCGAGCCCCCUCACCUGCGCGGACCCCGCAGGCCCCGAGCCCCCCCCACCUGCGCGGACCCCGCAGGCCCCGAGCCCCCCUCACCUGCGCCGGCCCCGCAGGCCCCGAGCCCCCCUCACCUGCGCCGGCCCCGCAGGCCCCGAGCCCCCCUCACCUGCGCGGACCCCGCAGGCCCCGAGCCCCCCUCACCUGCGCCGGCCCCGCAGGCCCCGAGCCCCCCUCACCUGCGCGGGCCCCGCAGGCCCCGAGCCCCCCUCACCUGCGCCGGCCCCGCAGGCCCCGAGCCCCCCUCACCUGCGCCGGCCCCGCAGGCCCCGAGCCCCCCCACCUGCGCCGGCCCCGCAGGCCCCGAGCCCCCCGCCCCUGCGCGGACCCCGCAGGCCCCGAGCCCCCCCCACCUGCGCCGGCCCCGCAGGCCCCGAGCCCCCCUCACCUGCGCCGGCCCCGCAGGCCCCGAGCCCCCCACACCAGCGCCGGCCCCGCAGGCCCCCAGCCCCCCCCACCUGUGCCGGCCCCGCAGGCCCCGAGCCCCCUCACCUGCGCCGGCCCCGCAGGCCCCGAGCCCCCCUCACCUGCGCGGGCCCCGGGGCGCCUCGGCGCAGCCGCGAGUGGGGCCUGGAACGUAGGGACGGCCGAGCUGGGAAGCGCCAGGCUCCUGCCUCAGGCCCACGGACCUCACGGACCUCGCGCCGCGGAACUGCCCCCGGCUCCGGGUGACAAUACGGCUGCCCGGGCGAGCGGCGGCGGCGGCAGUUAG